UUAAUAUCAUUACAUUUUCCUUCAUAUCUGUUUUUCAUACUUAUCUGUUUUUAGGUACGUGUAUUGCGAGAAGAAAAAUUCCAAAAGCUGUCCAGUUCGUGGUGUUAAAAUUUUAAACAACCCGAUCAAAUUUUCUCCUUCAAUGCGGCAUAACCAUGCGUACGAUUUACUUACCAUUGAUGUUAAGAGUUCUAAUAACGCAUUAAUCGCAUCUUCUAAGAAACAUUUCUAUUCUAUUGAUGACAUUUAUUUUAAUGUUUCAAAAUCUCACGUUGAUGAAAUUAAAACAAGAUUACCAUUAAAAAUUCUUAAGCCAGGAAUGCGUUAUCAUCAAAAGAAGAUGGCUGCCAGCUUGCCGAUGUUAAAUACUUAUGGUGAAGUCGUAGAUUUUCUAACAAAGCAUAUAAGUUUGACAAAAUAUUCUGCAGAUAAGCUUAUCACAUUGCGUAAUGUCGGAGACGAUGUUCUACUACUUGGGGACCCUGGAAUCGCGGCAUCAUGUCAGUUUGAUACAUUACACAUGAGUUCUACCAUCAAUGUUCUUCUUACUUUUGGAAAUACUCGUAUCCUCACUUUCAUUUUAGGACAAUAUGAACAUUAUGCAUUUCUUAUUGGGAUUGUACUGUGGGCUAGACAAACCGCAGAAAUUUGCACGGAAAUACUUCGUCAGAUUAAAUUCUUCUUGCUCCCUAGUAUCAACUUAUCGAAAAUCUACGUGGACUUUGAUUUAAAAAUUUUUGUGAAAGAAGUUUUUCCGGAAAGUAAUAUUCAUGGCACCUACAACAAUUACUGCCGCAUAUUAUACCAUGAGUCUUAUGAGAAAAAUGUGAGAAUCGUUAAUCCUUCUCAUGAAGAAUUUUUAAAAAUCUGUUUUUCUCUUAUUCUUCUACCCCAUGAAAAAAUAGAGAAAGGUUUUAACGAGUUGGUGAACAAUCUGACACACGAUGCAAAUGUUCAGCUUACAAAUUUUAUUGGGUACUUCAGGACGACGUGGAUACAAGGGGUAGGUCCGACAAAUAUGUCUCUUUUCGAGAAAACGGACAGUUUAAAUACUGUACCAGUCUUAUUUUGAACAUCUCUUCAAAAUGAAAUGGGCGAAAAACCUUCACUAUGGAAAUUUUUUG